AUGUGGUUGGCCCUGGUGCUGCUGCUGCCCACAGCGCUGCACCUGAGCCUGGCAGAGCCUCCCCAGGAGAUGGUCCCUAUUUUCCGCCUCAUUCAGCUGGGCCCCUGGAGAAGCGGGGCCAACUACACCACCACCACCACCACCACCACCGGCUCGCCCUGCCAGGGGCCCUUCGCCGUGGGGGACACGACCUUGACUCUGGCGAACCGCAGCCUGGAGCACCUGCCCCGCUGCCUGCCCCGCGCGCUGCGCAGCCUGGACGGCAGCCACAACCUGCUGAGCGCCCUGAGCGCGUCGGAGCUGGGCCCCCUGCCAGAGCUGCAGGUGCUCAAUCUGCACCACAACCGCAUCGGCGCGCUGCGCUGGGACCCCGGGUGGCCCGCGGGGCUGCACACGCUGGACCUCAGCCACAACCGCCUGGCCGCCCUGCCGCCGUGCGCCCGGCCCGUUCUGGGCAGCCUCCGGGCCCUGGAGCUCGCCAGCAACCCCCUGCGGGUGCUGCCCCUCGGGGCCUUGGCCUGCUUCCCCGCGCUGCGCCUGCUCAACCUCUCCGGCACCGCGCUGGGCCAGGGGGGCAUCGCCGACGCCACCUUCGCGCCCCUGGCCUCCCUGGAGGUCCUGGACCUCAGCGGCACGCUCCUCAAGCAGGUUCAGCCGAGGUGGAUCCAAGACCUGCCCAAGCUCACAUCCCUCCACCUGAGGAAGAUGCCCAUGCUGAGGAGCCUGGAGGGGGACAUUUUCAAGACGGCCUCUGAUCUGCAACAACUGGACUGCCAAGACUCCCUUGCACUUACCUCUGUCCAGACACGUAUCUUUCAAGACACUCCUCGCCUACAGCUCCUGCUGCUGCAGAACUGCAACUUGAGUUCCUUCCCUCCUUGGACCCUGCAUUCUUCCCAGGUUCUAUCCAUCAACCUCUUCGGCAACCCCCUUACUUGCAGCUGUGAGUUGUCCUGGCUCCUCAAGGAUGUCAACAGGACUAUCCUGAGCAGGGCGGCAGACACGGAGUGCACACCCGCUGCAGGAUCCCGCGGGGCCCUCUCCGCCCCUCUCCCGCUGUCCCAGCUGCCCGGUGUGUGCCACGGGGACCAGAGCACCGUCCUCCUGGAUCCCAGGCCACCCAUCUCUGCGGGCCCCACCUACGCGACUUCUACACCCGGUCCCUUCGCCCCGCAGCUGAGCACAACCCCCUCCUCUCCAGCUGGGGGAGGCCGACGGACUGUCACCAAGGCGCCCUCCCACGCUGUGAGCACCCCCGCGUGGUCCACCGCCGUCUCCAUAGCGGGUCCCAGGAACUCCAGCGCUGCCAGCCGGGCCUGGACAGAGCACGAACGCACUGCCCCGCCUGGCCCGGAUCCUCCUGUUUCAGCUGCCUCCAUCCCGCCCGCCAGCAAACAGCGUGGGCUCCCCGCUGCCUCCCGGAACCCUCUGAGCAUCGCCCGGCACUCCCGGACGACACAGGCCACCCCGCAGCCUCCCCACCCGAGUCCUUCCGAGGAGGGUGGAAUUCCAGUCUUGGUUUUGGACGACUCUAGUGAGGAGGAAGAGGAAGAGGAGGAGGAGGGGAAGAAGGAGAAGGAGAAGGUGGUGAGUGCGCCCUCUCAGGGCGUGGCCUGUGAUUACCACCCGUGCAAGCACCUGCAGACGCCGUGCGCCGAGCUGCAGAGGCGCUCCAGGUGCCAGUGCCCCGGCUUCAGCCAGGAGGACGCCGUGCCGGAGCCUCCCAAGCUGCAGGGGGUGUCGGAGGUCACAGACACGUCCGCCCUGGUCCGCUGGUGCGCCCCCAACUCGGUGGUGCGCAGCUACCAGGUCCGCUACUCGCCGGAGGGCGGGCCCGGGAACCAGUCCGCCGCCGUGGGGGACAUCUAUGCCACGGCGCGGCAGCACCCGCUGUACGGGCUGUCCCCGGGCACCACGUACCGGGUGUGCGUCCUGGCGGCCAACGGGGCCGGGCUGAGCCCGACGCAGGCUCCGGGCCGGCGGGAGCCGUGCGGCUCCUUCACCACCAAGCCCAGCUCCGUGCUCAUCCUCGCGGGGCUGAGCGCCGCGGGCGGCCUGCUGCUGGUCAGCACCCUGGUGCUGUCCGCCUGCCUCUGGCGGCACGGCCGCAGGCAGAGCUACCCCGCGCACCUGGUGGCCUACAAGAACCCCGCCUUUGACGACCCGUUGAAGCUGCAGACCUUCAGUUAG